CUUUUCUUUAUUUUUCCACCCACGUUUAAACCAAAGAAAAAACCAAAAAAAAAAAAGAAAAGAAAACCUAAAUAAAAAAUAUUUAUAACAAAACAUUAUUUCCCCACAUUUCAACACAUCACAUCACGAACGUGUAAGCGGUGCAAGUGUUGAACAGCAGCAGAGUAGUAAUUUGAUGUAUAGACGGAAAUUUAUUGUUUAGUUUUUCUUAUCAAAAAAAUUGUUAUUGAAUAAAGUUUAACAUUUCUUUUGUUAAAUCAAACAAAACCAGAAAUUAAUGAAAUCGAUACAAAAAAAGUAUAAAAUUAAGUGCACCAUUAAAAUCCGUCUGCACUAUUUAGAGAUAGUUUAAAAGUGACAAGUUCAAGUUUAAUGCUAGAAGUAGUGGCUGACAGUGCAUUAGUUAACAUAAAUAUCAUUUCCACUAUAAGGAAAUGCAAUGAAGUGAAAAACUUACGUGGCGCAACACCAACAAACAGGAAUGACAACAUUGUUGUUUUAUUUUUUUUGAAAUCUAAUUAAUAUUUUAAUUAAAUUAUCACAGACUGCAUCAUUAUAUUGUUUUUUGCGUUUUCGGUGCCGCCAAUCCUGUUUUCAAGUGCAAUAACAAUAUAAAAUACAAUCUAUGUUCCUAUGUGUGUAUGUCAAUCAAAAAGUGCAAGAGAAAAUCUCAUUAGAUCCGGAUCCGUCAAAAUAAACAUCAAUUGUUGUUGUUGUAGGUAAGAGUGAAACGCAAAAAAUGCAUGGCGUCAAACGGGUCAUAGUUUUCUGCAUUCUCAUCGUCAUCCUUCCUACAAUUCUCAUCAUAAUUCCACUCUAUCUAAGAAAAUCAGUCUUUGCUGAUGUCACUUAUCCCGUUGCUGAGUCGGAUAUCAUUGAAAUUCGUGAUGGUAUUUCAUCGAUCUUCUGUCAGCAGCAUACACUUCGUAUGAGCACGCAUUUCAAUGCUUUCCAAUUGCACAGUAAACCGGAGAUUUCGACAAAUCGUAAACAUAUUCGAUUGAAAAAGUCCAUGACCCUGCCAGAUGAUACACUCGAAUAUUGGGGCUUCUAUCUUUUGAAAGGAGCUAAGGUCUAUCUAAGAUUCUGUUCACGUUAUGAUGGAUCUCGAAUUUUAGUGGUGCGAGGUGAGAAAACUUUGAAAACCUGCGGAGUAUUAGAACACAAUAAGAACAAAGUUGGUACCAAUUUGGCCCAUGGACAUGAACAAGUUCGAGUAUUUUUCGAAGAUACUUUGGAAAUAAAAAACGCCUCAAGUGUGAAUUUAGAUGAAUUGGAAAAUCAUGGAGGUGAAAUUAGUGAUGAUGAUACUACCACUACCACAACACGAAAUCCCAUCACAACUUCUCGAUCGAGGAGUAGAAAGUUAAGAAAACCAACUAGAAAUAAGACUGACGAAAUUCCUGACACAGAAUCUGAAGAACAAAUCACUAGAUCUCCACGUGCAAGGCGUCAUCAUGAAGAAGAAUUCCAAAAACGUCAUGCUACCGAAUAUGAACGAAAGAAACAACAAGUCUACGAUCAGUUGUACAAACAUCGUGAGAAACGUGAUCAUGUUUAUGAUCGAAAAUACGUCCAUGGAGGAAAUGCCCUCAACUAUACCGAAAAUGAAUCAAAUUCGAUAUCGAGUUUCGAAAAUAGUUUAUUCGACUGUUAUAAUGGAAAUAUUCUACUUGCCGAAGGAUUUCCUCCAUCAAAUCUAUGUACGAGUGUUCAUUUUCUUGAAACUGGAUCACAUCGAAUGAUGUCAAAACAUGAAAUUACCGAAGAUGGCUACUAUUAUUAUAUAUUUUAUAGUGACAAUGAUUUAGUUCGAAAUGAUAUUCAUGCAAUUUUCGACAUUUACAAACCAACUUUCCAAUAUUCGAAUUCAACUGAUAAUUCCAGUGGAUGUGUGAAUAGUACGAAUUGUACUUUUCCAAUAACAUUUUUGUCAAAUGAAAUUGUUGUGGUGGAAGUACCAACAAGAGAUGGUAUUGAACAUGAAGAAGAUGAUAUAACUUAUUUGGUAUCAACAUGUCAUCCGAGAAUGGAGAUUUAUGCUAUAUUUCCUAUUGCUGUAUUGGUACUAAUAUUGAGUUGUUCAUUUUUAUAGUAAGAUUGGAUAUAUUUUGUGUAGGAAAAGACUUUUCGAAAGAAAGUAGAGCUUUAAAUAGGAACAAGGAAACAAAACAAAAAUAUUUGUGAGUUAAACAAACCUGAUGAGGAAGUACGACUAUAUGUACAUUUUUUUGUUUAAACAAAAAUAAAUCAGUUAUAAGAAUGAUUAUUCUCAAAUAAUGACAGUUGUUGGUAAAAAAAAAUCUAUCAAGAGGCCAUUAAGAUCCAAGAUUUAACAUUUUGACACAUCAAGAACUAUUUUUUGACAUUUCGAACAAAAUUUCGAAAAUAUUAAAAAUCAUAAAAGAUAGAAUUAUUGAUUUUACACAAACAUAUUCCGACAUUCUUUCUGUCGAGAAUUCGAAGAGUUCAAAUAAUUAUGUUUCAUGGAUUAAUCUAAGGAAGUUACUUAAGGGCGUCAUGCCUCAUUCGAAAAAUCGAUAAAAAUAUUGCUUGUGAAAUAUUUUAUUUGUUUAUUCUUCACGUUGAGUUUUAAAAAUCGAAAGCCAUAAAAUUGAUUUCCAAUAUAAUUUCGAACGAAAUUCGAACUUUUCUCAGUUUUCGAAAUGGAAAAUUAUCUUCUUUUCACGAUAAUUUUAGUGAACAUCUCACAAGAAAUUAAAUAGUGCGACGAGUUAUCUCUGGAUCAAAAGAUUUUUUAAAGUUUUUGAAACACAACAACUGUCAUGAUGUCUGAUAGCUUAAGGUGUUUUUCUCUCAACUUUUAUAUGAAGUUUCGAAAGGACAAGUGUAAAAAAGACUAGACAAAGAAAUGUUUCGAUGAUUCAAUUUCAAAAUUUCGAAAUUAAUUCGAAAAGUCUCUCAUAUGAUUUUUCAAAGGGCAAAGUUGUUUUGAGAACACGAUUUUAAAAGAAUUUUCACAAAAGUUUUUUUUUUUAAGUUUUCGAAACUAAUCAAAAACUCGUGUUCAAACAAAACUGGCUAUUUAUUUACAUCAACUGUCAUUAUGUCUUGACUCCUCAACUUUUAUAUGCAGUUUCUAGAAAAACAAGAAAUUAAUUCUGUUUGAAAGAUUCGAACUCGAAAUAAAAUCAAGUUCGAAAUCAAAAAAACAAUUCACUUGGAAAAUUCGAGAAAAGAUUAACAUUCUGUAAACUGCAAUGGAAAUAUUUUCUGCAGAUUUUUCGGAGGCUAUUCGUUUGAACGAGUUGAAAUGUGGUGAAUUACCAACACUUAACCCUAAAAAUAUAUCACAUUUUACAAAUCGUAAAAAUUGAUAGCUGCAUUGCGCCGCUGAACUCUUGAUGAGCAUGCAGAUAUAAAGUUCGAAAUCAAGACGAAUAUUUAGUCAAAAUUGGAAGGAAAUUUCCAAAAA